AUGUUAAAAACAAGACUUUUCAGAAUAUUAAAAAUAAGACUUUUGAGCGGAAGCAUAUGUACGUUGGGUAGUUGUAUUACAUGGAGAGCUAGCGUUAGAUAAGUUCGUUAGAUCCGCGGCUUUCACUAUCCGACACUUCGCGUUUUUAUCAGCUUGUCCGUCCGUUCGUAGAAUAAAAAAAAAAAAAGUUGUAAUCGGAAGGAGGAGCGCACGAGUUGCGCUCGGCUCGAGUAAGAACUGAUUCGAUAACUUUUGACGACGACCGUUUGUUUAGGCACAAAGGAUUCCUGAAAGACUGCCCGGACGGCUUGCUGACGGAACAGAUACACGAUGCUAAUUCGAGAUUCACUGCCACUUUCUUUGGCCUUAAUAUUCGUUAUUACAACCAUUCAUUCACCAAUUUAAUUAACUGUACGAAAGAAGAGUAG